GCUAUCAGUCGGUACGGUUGUCUUACAACUUUUGCACUACGGGUUUUGUAGAACAAAAUUGCGCGGUUCGUUCGGUUGGCGAGUGCAAAGAGAUUUCGCUCCAGUGAGGCGGAGGUGUGUGGGAUUUUAUCAGUGCUUCACCAGGAGGAAGACAACGAAGGUUUUAACCAUCCAUGUGCAGUGCCCGACUUUUUGGCAAGGAUAAUGGAAUUUUGAUUACCGAAAGUGGAGCAGAGUGAAAUGGCAAGGAUCUCCACCAUGGCAAGGAUAAUUUAAAACCGAGUGAAACCAGAGUCGCAGCAUAGUGAUAGUGCUUCCGCCUUAGUGAUAGUGCGGAGAAGCUUCCGAGAUACCAAAGAGAAGAUGCGGAAGAUGUUGAGUGCGUGUGUGAUGCGAAACGAAGAGGCCAGGAAUUUGGCCGGAGUUGCUUCCGUGUUAUCUUGAUUGCUGUGCAAAUAAAGUGUAAUUUAGAUAACUUAAGAAUUGUGGUCUUCUGCCGUACAGUUUCCAAGAAUAAACGAUCGUUAAAAAAAAUUCCCCAUACGGGAGAGCUGAAGCAGCUGAUUGACUUACCCGUCGACUAACGCGAAGAAGACGAAGACGAAAUGACGAUGCUAGCGGUGAAGAAUUUCUUUCUCCCGGAGAGGAAGGCCCCACCGGAGGCGGCCAAGUUUUCCCGCAUGCCGGAGGCAUUCCUACGCUCGAUUCGGCGCCGCUCGCUGCGGAUCAAGCGGCCGAAAACCGUGAUUGUGGAGCGCGAGAAGCGGAAAUCGGAUUCCUUUGUCAACAGUCAGGAGUGGACGAUCUCACGGUCGGUGCCGGACAUUCGACUCGGCAUCGUGGGGAGUCUCAGUUCCGGCAAAUCGGCGCUGGUUCACCGAUACCUGACGGGAUCGUACAUGCAGGAGGAAUCGCCCGAAGGCGGCCGGUUCAAGAAGGAAAUCCAGAUCGAUAACCAGAGUUACCUGCUGCUGAUACGGGACGAGGGUGGACCGCCGGAGAUGCAGUUUGCCGCCUGGGUCGAUGCGGUCAUCUUUGUGUUCAGCCUGGAGAACGAGCAGAGCUUCAACGCCGUGUACACCUACUAUACCAAAAUGUCCCACUACCGGAACAGUUCGGAGAUUCCGAUCAUCCUCGUCGGGACGCAAGAUGCCAUCAGCGAACGAUCGCCACGGGUCAUCGACGAUGCCCGAGCACGGAAGCUGGCCCAGGAUCUCAAGCGGUGUUCGUACUAUGAAACAUGCGCCACCUACGGGUUGAAUGUGGAACGAGUCUUUCAGGAUGCCUGCCAGAAGAUCGUUCAUCAGCGUUUAUCAACCGGUUCGGUAAUCACCCCAACCAACUCGCGACCAACGACGCCUCAGGGCACUCGGCUGGGGGUGGCCAGCUUUCAUCCGACCGUUCCUAGUCCCACCAAUGGGUUCUCCUCGUCAACGGGAAGCCCAGCCAGUGGACUCACGAUGAGCAGUUCCUCACCAAGCCAUCACAAUUCAAAUUCCCAACAGCAGCAGCAGCAACAGCAACAGCAGAAUCAGGGAAAUAUGACCCUCCCGCAUCGGCACCACGUUCUUUCCGCUUCGAGUCAUCACAUUCCUAUCAAAAUCAGCUCAGAGUUGUUGGGAAAUGAAACUCAGCAUCUGAGCCUAUCGCAGAGGGAUUCCCAUCCGCCGCAGAAGUGGGGAACGAUCUCGCAUGGAACCUCCCAGCAGACCCUCCUGGCGCUGACCAACGAGAACAACAACAUUGCAAAGUUUGUACCGCCAAGCCAUCCGGUGUCGAGUGACAGUAUGCAACCGUUGGGAUUGAUACCGCCAUCGGGGAAGGACUCGGGGGGUGGUGGUGGAACCGGUAGUGGUGGGGGAGGUAAGGAUAAGGAACUACCGACGCCAACCUCAACCCCGACCACGUCGAGGAAGAGCCGGCGAAGAUCGAAUCUGUUCAUUCCUUCCUCGUCGAAGAAGGAACAACAGGAUAAGAUAAAAAAUGGCGAACUCGGUAGCGGACGGGCCAUCCCGAUCAAGCAGGGUUAUCUGUACAAACGAAGCAGCAAGUCGCUGAACAAGGAGUGGAAGAAGAAAUAUGUUACGCUUUGCGACGACGGACGGUUGACGUACCAUCCCUCGUUGCAUGACUACAUGGACGACGUGCACGGGAAGGAGGUGUCGCUACAGUACGUCACGGUUAAGGUACCGGGACAGAAACCUAGAGGCUCGAAAUCGAUCAUUACCAACAGUGCCCUGACGGGAGCGAAUGCAGCACCGGCCAUGAAUGGGAAGAUGACCGGAUCGAUAGGAUCACAGGGAAGUAACAGCAAUGGGUUGACCGAGGGUAUCGGUGGCUUAUCGUUGGCCAAGGACCGAAAGCUGACGGAGAAGGUGCUGCUGACGGCAUUCGAUACCCUCAGGGAACCGGUGAAGUCCAAUUCCCAGACCAGUGGGGACGAAGGGAUUGUAAUCAGCAAUAGCAACUCGCAGAGCUUCAUCGGAUCGGAUGGCAAUACGAGCAAGCUGGACGCCCAGACGCCGAAUGUCAAGAAGCGACACCGCCGGAUGAAGAGCAGCGGCGUGGGGAAGAACAACGAGUAUGAUGAUUCCGAUGGGUUCGAGUUCUACAUCGUAUCGCUGGACAACAAGCAGUGGCACUUCGAGGCGUCCAACUCGGAGGAACGGGACGAGUGGGUGUCGGUGAUCGAGCAGGAGAUUUUCAAAUCCCUCCAGGGCAUCGAAUCGUCCAAAUCGAAACCGCUGAAUCCGAGCGACAUUGCCUCGAUGCAGUCCAUUCGGAGCCGGGUGCCGGGCAAUGGGUACUGCGUGGACUGCGAUUCGCCGAAUCCCGAAUGGGCCAGUUUGAACCUGGGUGUGCUGAUGUGUAUCGAGUGCUCCGGUGUGCACCGAAAUCUCGGUUCGCAUAUCAGCAAGGUGCGAUCUCUGGGGCUGGAUGAGUGGCCUCCCGGCCACCUCAGCGUGAUGCUCGCCAUCGGCAACAGCCUCGCCAACUCCGUGUGGGAAUCGAACACCCGCGGUCGGGUGAAACCUACCCCGGCCAGUUCGCGGGAGGAGAAGGAAAGCUGGAUCCGGCUAAAGUACGAAGCCAAGGAGUUCCUGCCGGCCUUCAACCCGACGCCACCGAUCGGUCAGCAACUGCGCGAAGCCGUCGUCCGGUCGGACAUGAAGGCCAUCAUCAUCCUGCUGGCGAAUGCCACCGGCGAACACAUCAAUUCCACCGUCAGCGGUCGGGAUCUGAGGACGCCCCUGCAUCUGGCGUGCGCCAUCGGGAACCUGGCCAUCUCGCAGCUGUUGAUUUGGCAUCACGCCAACCUGAAGCACAUCGACCACGAGGGCCGAUCGUGUCUAACGUACGCCAAGGCCGCCAACUCGUUGGCCGCGGCCCGUCAAGCAAGCAAUACCCCGCACCACGUGAACGUGGAAACCACCUCGGCGCUGGUCGAACUCCUGACCAGCCUGGGCUGCACGGAUCCGGCUCCGUUCACGGCCAGCGGAACCCUUCCCCGGCGGAGGGAAACCAUCGAUCAAGGUACGUUCGAGAAAUUCUCCUCGAACAUCAUCUGAGGCAAGUAAGUUAGGCUCUCUUUCUCGUGUGUAGUAAAUUUAGACGAAAACCUAGUUUAAAAUUACGAAUAUGUUCAACAAAAAAGAAGAAAAAACCAAUGUGAUCCCUCUAUUUAAACAAAAGGAAGCAAAAUAUUCAUCAAAGAAGGACGAAUAGUUAAGGACCCCUAUUAGUUGUUUAAGUUGCGUGACUCGGCUUACGGAUUUAACUUAGGUGUAAGAUUGGAGGUUCAACUGUUCGAAAUUUGUUAUUUUAUGUAAAGAUUUUUUCUGAGACUAAUUUUAUGUUGGAUUAUUUUUUUUCUGUAAAUACUAAUGCAUAACUUAUCCCCUCGAAUGAACCUGUAUGUAAAUUAAUGUGACCGGUUUAGUUGUAAAAGCUUUAUAUUGGCUUGAUAAGUCUAGAGCAAGAUCGCACCGCUUACUUAAAACAAAAGAGCAGUAAAAUCACCGCACAGUACACUGUUGAUUUGAUCACUUUAUUCCACAAAUUCACAAUUUUAUCAUUAUUGCUUCUUUAUAGUUCCAAUUUCUUGUUAUUUAGUUUAUGUUGUUUCUACUAAUCGAAUUCAUAUCAAAGAAAUCGCUUUCUUUUGUUCGUUACAACUUUUAUCGACCCGGUACAACAGAGUGUUUAAGUCCUUAUUUUACUACCUAUAUUACCUACCCCCCAAAGAAUGCCAAAUUGUAGUGUGCAGAGAGGAAUCGUACUCUUAAAAACAGCAAACUAAAACUAAUCGAAUCUGCUUUGAAAAAAAAAACACUACCUUUAACGAGUUACGUUUAGCAAAAAUUAUCAAACAGAGAAUUAACGAGCAGAAAUUGCAUAGUAGAAAAGAGCACCCUUAACCUUAUUGAGGAUUUAGAUCAGAGCAACACAGAGAAAUCGUAGCGUUACUACUAAACAUUCUUAUUAUCAGAAAACACAAACGAAAAAGAAAAACAAAUAUCAGAUCCUAUUAUAGUAAUAUAUCAGCGCAGUUUAGAGAUUGCCUCACGCCCCCCAAUGAAGCGUCCCUCGAAUCCUCGAUCGAAAGAAAAAGAAAACCUCUACCUAUAAUGAUGGCAUUUCCGGUUAGACACAAUUUGAAAGUAAGUUGAUACCUAAAUGAUAGAGAAACCCAAUCCUGCAACUGCUAAGUGCAAGAGUACCUUUUCCUCCCAUCCCGCGCCGUUGGUGUGCUACAGCAAGCAAGAAUAAAGCAGCAACAGAAAUAGGAUAGUGAUUCAAAAAUUAUUAAACACCGUUACAUAAACCAAAACUGAGAGAAAGUGACAGAACAAACAAAACCAACAAACAAACAAGGUAAACGCGACAGGUGAAUGAUCAACUUUCAAUUCAAGUAAAAUAGGCAAAUUAUGUUUGGAAGGAAAACGAUGAAAACAAGUGGAAGAUGUGUGUAGGUGUGGAAGAAGGAGGAUACAAAGUGGAAGA